GCCUCUCUGCGCCUGCGCCCCGCGCCGGAGACCUGGGGUUGGGCAGCGCCCAGUUCCGUGCAACUUUCAAGUGAGUUGCAAACUCCGCCCCGAAGCCGGUGCCGGUGGCCCGGCGCACUGAGGUCCCGGGGACCCGCACGAGCGCAGGCUGCAACCAGCCACCCCUGGCCCGGGACCCGCAGCGCCCUUGGCAAGGGCCGAAAGCUUCGUUCUCCGGAGCAGGAAGUGCGGGUCAGAGCUGUAACUGUCAGAGCGGCGCGGCGGGGCGGAAGAGCGCGCUGGCGGGUACCGGCUCCCGAGUCGGUCCUGCCUGCCCCGGCCCGCUCAUCUCCCCUUUCCUCAGGCUUUCCGCACCGCGGAGUUAGUGAGCGGCGGGCUCCGCCUCCACAAAGGGGCAAGCCUAGCGCCCCUGUGGUUCCUACACCUCCACCGUGGCGUGAGCGUCCCUCUGGGCGUCUUCCUGGAGGGAUCUCCCUUCCUUCCCAAGGCUGCAGAAUGGUGUCGUGGAUGAUCUGUCGCCUGGUGGUGCUGGUGUUUGGGAUGCUGUACCCAGCUUAUGCUUCCUACAAGGCUGUGAAGACCAAGAACAUUCGUGAAUAUGUCCGAUGGAUGAUGUACUGGAUUGUCUUUGCACUCUUCAUGGCGGUGGAGACCUUCACGGACAUCUUUAUUUCCUGGUUCCCUUUCUACUACGAGAUCAAGAUGGCGUUUGUGCUGUGGCUGCUUUCGCCCUACACCAGGGGGGCCAGCAUGCUUUACCGAAAGUUUGUCCACCCAUCCUUGUCUCGCCAUGAGAAGGAAAUUGACACCUACAUUGUGCAAGCCAAGGAGCGCAGCUACGAGACGGUGCUCAGCUUUGGGAAGCGGGGCCUCAACAUUGCCGCCUCUGCUGCUGUGCAGGCUGCUACCAAGGUGGUGCAGCGGCUCCUGCUCCCUUGCAGAGUCAGGGUGCACUGGCCGGGAGGCUGCGGAGCUUCUCCAUGCAGGACCUGCGCACCAUCCCCGAUGGCCCCGCCCCCACCUACCAGGAUCCCCUCUACCUGGAGGACCAGGUACCCUGCCGCAGGCCACCUAUCGGGUACCGGGCAGGGGGCCUGCGAGAAAGUGACACCGAUAAUGAGUGUUGGUCCGACACCGAAGUGGUCCCCCAGCCACCAGCCCGGCCCCGAGAGAAGCCGCUGGGCCGCAGCCAGAGCCUGCGUGUGAUCAAGAGGAAGCCUCUGGCCCGGGAGGGCACCUCACGCUCCCUGAAGGUUCGGACAAGGAAAAAGACCGCACCCUCAGACAUGGACAGCUAGGGUCUGCGGAGCCAGGCCGGGUCUUACCUCCUGCCCUGCGGGGCGCUGGGGCCCUUCCUAGGGACCUCUGGCUGUACCAGCAGCCCUCCUGGCCCUCCUGGCUCUUGCUGACGGUUCGUGGCCGCGUGCAAGGCCGCACCCACGAUGUACCAAAGCAGACUGGGCUUACGGUUCUAUUUAUUACCUUCCUCGCUCCUCUACCUUCCCAGAUGUGGGAUCAGAGCCCUCCCCAGACCCCUGGAAAAUGAAACCCAAAGGUCACCCAGCUGUGUUCCUUCCUUCCUGUCCUUUAAAGUACUUGACAGCCUUUUCCAAGGCUUGUGUGUUGGGGGGGUUGGAGGGGUUGCUGAUUGUACGGUUUGUGUUGGUGAAUGAGGCUGGGUUUGUGGAAGUUUUGAUAAAUAAAUUCAUAAAAGUGC